GUCUUGACUAUGUUAUUUUUCUGAACAACUGAUGCCUGAUUUUUUAGUCACCCUCUAUCGUAGUGUGUGUAAACAAACAACACGUGAAAAAACAUUGAAUAUUAAAGAUCGAUUUGAUUGAAACAAAAUGGUGCGAAAAUUAAAGUAUCAUGAGCAGAAAUUGCUUCGAAAAGUGGAUUUCAUCAACUGGGAAGUGGACAACAAUCUCCAUGAGGUGAAGAUCAUGCGGCGUUACGGCAUCCAGAAACGCGAGGAUUACACCGUGUACAACAAACUGUCACGAGAAAUACGAGAUAUCGUGCGGAGAAUCAAGGAGUUGGAUCCAAAAUCUCAACACCGGGUCGAUAUGAGUGCUCAGUUUCUGGAGAAAAUGUAUCAAAUCGGUCUAAUUCCCACCAAAUGGAAUCUUGAACUGUGCGAUAAGAUCAACGCGUCCAAUUUUUGUCGGCGAAGACUUCCCGUUGUUCUGGUGAGGAAUAAGAUGUGCGAAAAUAUCCGAUCGGCCAUUCAAAUGGUUGAGCAAGGUCACGUCAGAGUUGGACCGGACAUGGUGAAGGAUCCGGCCUUUUUGGUCACAAGGAACAUGGAAGAUUUUGUCACUUGGGUGAAUGCGUCUGCGAUUCGAAAGAAGAUGCUCGAGUACAAGGAAAUGCGUGACGAUUAUGACAUGUUUAACUAAAAUACAAAUAUAAUAUUCUCCUA